AUGAAUGCAUUGAAUGUUAAGUCUACUGGUUCUUAUGUUAGUGUCACUCAAUUAUCUGAAGUAACCAAUGGACGUAUUGGCCAACUACCGAAUGGUACAUUAUUACUAUCCAAUGUUGAUGAAUCAGAUCCAAGAGAAUUUUUAUGUUUUCUUAAACCAGGUAGAUUAUCAACUGCUGCACAACGUAGUUCAGCAGUUAAUUUAGAAGUACAUAUACCUGCACGUAUUGACCCAUUGGAUGCCGUGGAAAAAGUUCGUGGUUCACGAUUCAAUUUAACUUGUAGUGUACAUGGUGAUCCGGAAGAUUUAAAAGCAUCUUGGUAUUAUCGUUUAUCACCGAAAUCACGUUGGCAAAUUAUUGAUAAACCAUGUGUUGUACCAUUGGCUUACAUUGAGAAUGGUUCUCGUAGUAGUAGUAGUAGUAGUAGUAGUAGUAGUAGCGGUGCUGCUGCACAACGUCACAAUGAUGGUGUCACAUUGGAUUCUUCUGAAAUUGAUGAUAGUACUAAUAGUAAUAAUAAUAAUAGAAUAUAUUCUGAUCUUCAAGAUUUAUCAUAUGAUACUUCAGACAAAUCCUCUUCUUCGACGUCAUCAUUAUCAUCUACCGAAACCAACAAAGAUUGGACUCCUAGUUUAGCGGAUUGUCAAAGUUAUGCAACUGAAGGUUUAGAAAGUGGUAUAUUAUUUCGUCAAAUUUCAUUUUUUAAACCAAAUAAACGUGGUUUGGAUAAACAAUUACAAUUUUUAAAUUUAAAAGAAAUUCAUAUGGGUGAAUAUUUAUGUAAAGCAUCAAAUAAAUACAACUAUAAUUCAUUUGGUCAACUUAUUGAAGUGGAAGCAUUUGUACAAUUAACUGUUAUUUCUGUACCGGAUUCUGUUCAAUUUGUUUAUAAUAGUUCGAGAACUACCGCUACAAGUGUCUCAUUCGCAUGGUUGCCACCGUUACGUGAUGGUAAUAAACCGAUACGUCAAUAUCGAAUUCGUUAUUCACAUUCUGAGCCAAGUGUUGUUGUCAAUAGUCCAGUGUCAUCGAUACAACAGCCUAAUGUUACAGAGAUUGAUGUUUCAGCUAAUCAACAUCACAUUGAAUUGAAUAAUCUUCGACCAUAUACAAAAUAUCAUAUAACUGUAGCUGCAAUCAACGAUGUUGGACCAAGUGUGGAAAAUGCUCUUGCACUUACUACUCAAGAAGCGAAACCCGAUGGUCCAGUUCGUCGUCUAAUAGCUAAUGGAACUGCCUCGGAUACAAUUAUCAUUAGUUGGGAGAAUCCAGCAUUGGAACAUUUAAAUGGUAAUGUUGAUCGAUAUUGGAUCUGUCGACAACGUAUUAAAAAUAGUUUAAGCAAUGAAGAAUUAGCAGAACUUCCAUGGCCUGAUGAUCCUAAUGAUGAGCAUAGGUAA